AUGCUAGUGUGUGAAAAUCUGGAAGGCACUCUGGCUGAAUUCUUUACCUUGAGGGGGUCCAUAUUUGAUUUCCAGUUUGACUUGGUUGACGCCCUCACAAAAGUCGUCCAAGGUAAUGUUCAAUGAUAUUUUUAUCAACAUUUGAUGUAUUACGUAUGGGAUGGCCCUUACUAUAUUUCUAGGAAGAACAAUUUAGGAAUAAUCCUGAGGAACAUUUCCCUUAGCAAGAAGAUUGAGGAACAUUUCUAAUUUUUGACACAUACGUUGAGUGAUUAAGGAAUCAUUAUCUCAUACUUCCUUAUUUGCCAUUGGAGACAUGUAACAAGUAUACUUUAUUGUUGCAUACUGGCGUAACGUGAUCAUGGUUAUAUGGUUUAUAGUGAAAAACCUAUGACCGUGCACGGUCAUAUAUUUUUACGCACUUUUGAGAAUUAUUUGAAAAAGGCAAAUUUAGGGACCGAGGAACAUUGAACACUCUUUCCAGAUCUGGGAAAAAAAGUUGACAACUAUUCAGUAUGAAGUUUGCUUAGGAUUUCCCUGCAGUAACAAUGGACUAAAAAGGAAUGUAGAAGAAGAGUUUUGUAGAUGGACAUUUCGAGUGUAGUGAAUUUUAUACAUUUAUUAGACUAACCAGGAGAAGUUGCAAAAAAUGCAUCUAUAGGCCCUCUGGCAGGAACCUGCAGUGCUGCGAUAUAUACACUAAGGUAAUGCCAAUAUCAAGGACCGCAUGUCCGUUUCCUGCCAGAGGACCUAUAGUUGUAUUUUUCGCAACUUCUCCUGAUUAGGUCUAAUUAAUGUAUAAAAUUCACACUAAAAAAAUCCAUCUACAAACCCUUCUACAAUUAGUUCCAUCAAGCGCAGAUGCCAAAAAUUACUAAUAAUCCCUGAUAUUUACCCAAUAAGGAGAACAGUUUGGAACUGAUAGAGCUUUUUCAUAUUUUAUUUAGGAAAUAUUGCACAGAAGUUGUCAUCUUCAAUCAAAGGCAAGAACAAACUGUUGGAUGUUUAUGGGACACUACCAUCUACCGGCUUCUUUAUGGAACACUACCAUCUACAAUCAAAUAUCUACCUAAAUAUAUAAUAUUCUACAGUAUAAAUACCAUGGCAAACGAGACAAACUAUGUCCAACGUCUGGCUUCUUCGAUUAUAACAAAGUAGAGUACCUGACUUCUAUAAAAGAGCCACAUUAUUAUAAACAAGAGCGUUAUGUGUUCAUUCCCACCAGUCCUGAAUAUCCCGGUGACAGUGGUUAUAUUAAUCUUCCUUCAUUAGCUGCUGGAAACCAGGUAUGGCAAUAUAGCACCAAGUUUUUGAUAGGUUUGCAUGACAUCAAUAGCUGUGAAAAAGUGGUAAAACUAACCAACAUAAAGGAUUUUAGUUUGGAUAGGUUUCCCCUUAGUAAUACCUAGUGAAAAUAAGGCUAACUGCAAUCUUGGACAAAACCCUUGACUGACCAUUCCAGCCAAUAUUGCAACGUUAUUGAACAUUGACAAAACAAACUUGUCUCCCCUUCAGUCCCUCUCACAGCUCAUUAGGAGCUUAAGAUGUACCAAAUCUGCGACGCGGACGCGAUUAAAAACAGUCGGUAAUAAUUGGAGACUAUUUUACAUUGUUUUUCUCAUGUGCCUGGCUUUGUUUACCAACAACAAUCCAUGGUUUUUACCCGUGAAGUGAAACUGUGAUAAUAGCGGUAAUUUUCGUCACGUCCGCGUCGUAGAUUUGGUGUAUCUUAAGCUCCCUAAUGUUAGAAAACAACGCCAGAACAACAUUCGGUAAUUUACUAUGACACAAGCUCAACAUUGAGUUGGGGGAGUGGUGGAUUAAGAAGCGCAACAUGAUUCAACAUAGAUUUUAUCAUAAGGGUAUACGAAUUUUGUGUAGGGAGAUAAUCUCAACCACUUAUGUCCAAGAUUGUAUUUUAGGUUUUCUCCUGCAAUAACACUGAACCAAUAAAGGAAUAGACCUUAUUGGACCUCUAGAGGGAAGAGUUGAGAACUGAUAGAGUUAUCCAGUAUAAAUAAAGUUACUUUAGGUUUCUUCGUGUGUAACACUGGACCAAUUAGGAAUGACUCUCACUGGAUGUCAAGUAGUUCAAAACUGAUCCACUAUAAAAAGUUAGUUACUUUAAGUUUCUCCUGUCUAACAGUGGAUCAGUAAGAGAUAAUCAUAAUGAAUCGCCAAGAGAAAACAGUUUAGAACUCAUAGUUUAGUUUUACUUCGAAAUUUCGUCUUCAUUUCAAGGUAACAUUCCAACUGCCUCGUAACCGUACCUGGUUAAUGGAGAACAAAUGGUUGACUGGAAUGAUGUAAUCGCACCAUUUGUAACCAGCAUCAAAAUAUAUCUACCACUUGUAGUUUGUACAGGCAGCACUGCAUUGCUCUUCACUGUACUGUACUCUACCUCGGUACCCCCUGCAUUGUACUGUAUUAUAUUUUAUUUUAUUGUAUUGUAUUGUAUUGUAUUGUACUGCACGGCAAUGUAUUUGUUAGAAAUUGACGAAAUUCAAAUUCGAUAUGUCCACUAUAUUAUUUAGGAAGCUUCCUCAACUACAACAAAGAUGUUCGUUACAUUCUGCCCAGUAACAGGGGAAGUUAUGCAGCGGCGUAGCCAGCUCGAUAAUUGGGGGGAGGGGUCCAUAUUCAUAUAUUCGUGUUCUACAUUAUUAAUUUCUUUUGAAAUCAAUUGUUUUUAUGGUCUGUGAACACGAAUAUAUGAAUAUGGACCCCCCAAAUUAUCCGAGCUGGCUAUGCCGCUGACAUUAUGUUACAACAUACGAGGAAGGCUACCGUAAUUGUCCAGUAAAAGAGAUUGCUGAUCCGUACGGCCUAUGUGAUAAAAUACCAAAACUGUGUGACAGUACCUAUUCUACGACCUACGAUCCUGUCUACUUGGAAACUCUCAUAUGCCGUUACUUCGGGGUCAAGGAGAUUGAAAUGGAUCGCUCCAAAACUGGCUAGCAAACUUUACCUCAGAGCAAAGGUGUAUGUGCUUCGUAAUGUUUGUCUACUGUAAAUAUGAAAUCACUGAUGCCGAAAAACUAGGAAACAUUGUUGCGAAAACAGUAAUUUGAAACUUGAUGUUCGAAUAUCUCUACAUUUUCUAACCUUUAGAAACAUUGUUGGUGCUGUGGAAGAAAAUUUGUCUUCUAGGAAGAAGAAACGAAUUUCCCAACGAAUUCAGACACACAUUUUGUUUCCCAACUAAGUGCGAUAUUUGUUUGACUUUCCAAAAUCUUUCGCUGCUAGCGCUGUCGGUUCAGAUUUUUGUGCCAAACAAUGUUUCCUGGUUUGUCCACUUUCUGGAAACAUGGCUAGGAAACAAUGUUUCUUGGUUUGUCCACCAUCUCACCAUCUGGAAGCAUGGCUCGCACCGGGAAACAUUCCUGUCUGAACAAAUAGAACCGGAUGAAUUUAGUUAUUCUUAACGACAUAAUAUUUUUAAAAAUCUUUGUUGUAGGUAUCACGGUCAAUGAUUCAUGAGAAAAACAUUAAUUGUCACUCUGGAUAUGGUAAUCGAGCCCGUGGAGGUAACCCAGUCACGUACGUGUUGUCGCAAGGGUAACCAACAUUUUGUAAGAUGGAAAAAUAUCUGUGUUGACUGUCCCAAGAAAUCCACUUCUCAUUUAGGAGGGUAUUAUUGCGAGAGAAACGAAUGAGUGAAGUAUUUUGGAGCUUGUAAUACAUGCUUGUAAUUAUAUACUGGAUUAUUUAUUAAAAAUACACCAAUGACUGUGAUGUAUUACAAUUAUGGGAGAUGACAACA